AUGCAAUUGAAGGAGCACCUUCGACUGAUUCUGGUUGGCCUUCAGGGAGUUGGGAAAAGUGCAGCAGGAAACACCAUUCUGGGCCGAGAUGGGUUUCACUCGGAUCUCAGAGCCACUUCUCUCACAUCCACAAGUGAACGGAUGGAUGCUGUUGUCUAUGGGAGGAAAGUGACUGUUGUAGAUACUCCUGGCUUAUUAAACUGUGAUGCUUCUAUAACAAAUGUAGAGCUGGAGAGAGCCUUGACUCUGUGUGAACCCGGACCCCACGCUUUUCUCCUUGUUGUUCAGUUGGGCCGCUUCACUGAGCAAGAAAGACAUGUGAUGGACAUACUCCAAAAGAUGUUGUGCUCAAAUGUGAAUUUGUUCACAAUAGUACUUUUUACAUACGGAGACAAACUUAAGAAUAAAAGUGUAGACCAGUUUGUAGAGGAGGAUAAAAACCUGCAGAAACUCAUCCAAAAAUGUGGAUCACAGUAUCAUGUGUUUAAUAAUAAUAACAGAGAAAACACAAGUCAGGUCAGUGAGCUCUUUGAGAAAGUGGACAGUCAGUUGGGAAAGAGAAACAAAAAAUAUUAUGUCAGUACAAACAAGGUUCAGGGAAAGUCCAGGAAUACAUGGUACUUCUACAUUGCUGCUGCUGCAACUGCUGCUGCAGCUCUGUUUAUGUAUGCAGCAUUUGCCAAGACAAAGACACAGAGUAAAACCCUAGAGGAUUUUCCAAGUGCCCCAUGUGAUGAGAUAGUCAAGGUGGAAGCAGAUGAGACUCAAAGUGAAACUUUUUGGGAAAUGUUGCACAGCCUGUUCAACAAGGACAAGAAAGUGUAUUUAGUUGGUUUCGUACCUUUGUACCUGCUUUAUCUUGUGAAGAAACUGAUGAAAAAAUAAAUGAUAGCAAUAUAGCAAUGUACACCAACUGUUUUAAAGAGUUGAGAAUGUAACAUUUUGAAAUGCAGAUACACAAAUGUGCC